AUGGGUUCAGACACGUUCAUACAAGUGAUUCUGGCGAUAAUCUUGCCUCCCCUUGGCGUCUUCUUCAAGUUUGGAUGUGGUGUUGAAUUUUGGAUCUGUCUUGCCCUGACAUUCUUGGGGUACCUACCUGGGAUAGUCUAUGCAAUCUAUGUCUUGGUGAUGCAAUGA